AGUUUUUAGUCACCCAGAAAUACUAACAUAUGCGUGCGUUGCCAGGUGACUCGACCUCGCGUCCUGCCAUCGAUUAAACAUUCGCAGAAAAUUGGCAUUUGAUAAGUCGGGUUAGACGCUGGAAUAAGGAGGGCCAAACGAAUGCGUGCCUGGGAGACACAAUAAUUAAAAAGCUAUUUAGAGAGCGGGGUAGGUGAUUGGCUAAGGAGUGUGUGUGUGUGUGUGCCCGGUCGGGGCAACUCUGAAAAUGAGCACGACACCAAAAUGGUACUGCCGCAACAAAUCGCAGCCAAUGCACACGUUCGCGGAAAUCGGCAAUCUGGGCCUGGAGCUGCGACGCAUCACAAAGCGCAUUGUAAUCGAUGUGAACUCGUCCAUAUUUAGCGAACAUGAUACCAUUUUGGAGGAAUGCGAGCAUGUGGUGGAGCUGUACUGGAACCUAAAGGACGAGACGAAAAAUGCGGACUUUCAGUCGCUCUCGAAGAAGAUCAAGCGUAGCCCGUACAAUGCGCUGCUCAUGCGAAAGUUCAAUCUGAUCAUGGAACUGAACGACAGACGCUUCUGCCAGUUGACCUUUGUGCUCAAGCGGACGCUGUCGCUACUGCUGCGCAAGUCGAUGCAGUCAGAGAUGUGGCUUAACUGGGCACUGCACAUCACCCAGCUGUAUAACAAGUGCCGCAAUGUGAACACGUCGGAAAAUCAGAUUCAAGUGCCGCCUCAGUCAGAGCAGGAUGCCCAUGCGGAGGAUGAGAAGGAGCCAAAGUUGAGUGGCAAAUGCAAGGAGGAGAUGCAUGCCAAUGUUUGCAGUAACAUGUAUCCAGCUCUUUUAAUGUCCCUUAAAAACAUCGACUUUGGCUUUGUACUGCAGUAUGUGGCCCAAACGCGCGUGGAGCAGAACGCACUGGACCUGGUCUUUGGCCUCUUCAACAUGGGUGAACAGGAUGCGUGGCGGGAGCAUCAGCAGCACAACAACGAAUCCACAUCCUCCAGUCUCGAAAUAUUGCGCACCUUAAACAUUUCAUUUGCUGCUGGCGAUUAUCAGCCGUAUUGUGACUCUGCACAGGAUUACAAGUCCAUGCAGCUGACAGAGGCAAAUGUGCAAGAGGAGCAAGCAAAGGGUCAAGAUCACCAGAGUUUGCGCUGCAAGCAUACCGAGACUUUUCUGCAGAAGGAGCGCAUUUUCAUAGCACAGCUGAUAGCCAAGGCAACUGAAAUAUGUCCAACCAUAUUUGAUAGCCGCAAGGUAGGUGAUGUGGACGUGAACGCAUAUAUUGUGCGGGGAUUGCGUUUGCUCUGGUCAUAUGUCGGCAUCAUUUUGGAUCAUAUCCUGCUCUGGUGGAUAGACACACCCAUGUCCUGCUAUAAUCUCACCCACAUUGAUUCCAUACGCUGCUGGCUUUAUCACCAGAACGUUAAUGAUAUACCCGAACCGGUUUAUUCCACAUUACGUGGCAUUGGUGAGAUUCUAACCGGUUUUAUAUGCAACAACAUUUGGGAUCAGCUCUUUCGUUUGGCCCUCAUCACAUCUAGUAAUCCAAAGCGUUUGGUCCAGCAAGUUGUUGAACAAUAUCGCGAUUCUCCAAAGAAUGAACAUGGCACACCUACGGGCACUGUGUGGAUCAGCGUCUUUUCCAAUUUAGUUAACCUGAGUAAUCAGUAUUUUGCCAAUACAGACGCUCAUAAUAAUUCCAGUUUACUGCCAGUCGCCGAGCAAAUACCCAUACUACAUAGGAUGGAUCACUCGGUUCACUCGAUGCGGUUGUGGGUCACCGAGCAGGCGAAGCUGCUUUGCUGCGAGUGGAAAAUGGAUCGGUUCUUUCAAAUACUGGAGCACGAUGUGAAACUAUGCCUGAAUGUCUUCACCACAUUUAAACUGCCCAAACUCACUGCCGAUUUGAGUGACAUACUCAUGCUGGUGUGCGUGGCUCUGCGCACAAAACUCAUCACUGAGUCCACAAAUAAUAUAGAUUUGCUUAAGAAAACAACCGAUGAAUGUGUUCAGAUAUUGUCCGCGGUCUGCCGCGUUCUCAGCUUGGCCAAUUUUUCGCUGUGCUUCCCCGCCGCCAGUCACUGGCAGCGUAGCGUCUACAACAAUGAGAAUAAGAGCUUGUAUGUUGGCUAUGUGCUGGAUGAAAUAUUUUUGCCCACCAUACGUGCCACCAACGAUAUUGUCAUACUCAAGCUUGUGCUAAAACUGAUAUGUGAGGCCUGGCUGGAUUUUAUCUACCAGAAGCGCAUACGCUUCAGUGUCAAUGGAGCCGUCCGGCUCCUUAACGAUUUUGAUGAUGUACGCGAGUGGAUUCUGGCCUGUACACUGCUGGACGAGGAACAGCUGGACAAGCUGAGCAACCAUGAGGUGCUGCGUAUGUGCAAGGGUGUGGGCAAGAUAUUGCUGCGCAAGCCAGAAGACAUCAUUUCCAUUACUCAGUCGCCCCGAUUUGACAAGAAGUCACUGGAUGCAAGUGGCCAGGACACACAGCUGCCAUCGGAGAUGUUUGUCUCCAAUCAGAAGCACUGGCUCCAGUUGCGCGCAAGUGGCGGCAAUGGAUUUCCUCUGCUGAAGCUAUGCUGUGGCGACGCCCUCAUGUAAACAAUAGAAAUGUUUAUUGUGUCGCGUAAAAUGCUAUACAAAAUAUUGAAAGAUCUAAGUACAUUGUUGUGUAUAAAGUAAGGCGUGCCUAUAGUUA